AUGUCUACUUCUCAGAACCAUCGCGUCGAUGGCUACGAACCCCUACCAUCGUGGUAUAGAAAUCGAAAUAACAGACCAUUCGAAACUACUGCCUCGUCACGAAGAGCUGCUGGGGACAUACGGAACAGAAGAGAGUCCAGAAUCACCUUUAGUAAGACCAGAACCUUGACAGGCGCAUUCGAAGCCACUGAACCUCCCCGCAGCACAACAAGAGCUAAUAGCGGAAAAGAGGACGAAGAAGCACAGAGAUACAGAGCCGGAAGAGAGAGAAAUGGGGUCACUGUGUCGCCCAAGUUUGACCAGUCGAGCCCGCCAUCACGAGAGCUGCUGGAGCCAUAUAGAAUGAUUAGUGGCGUGGAUAAUCUUACGGAGCUGGAGGUGCAAGAUGAUCAAGUUCGAAGAGCCCAGGGAUCACCAAGUCCAGCGGCGAGAAAUCGUCGAGCAUUCGAUCGCAAAGCUGAAAAUAUUUACGAUAUGGACCUGGAUUUUCUAGACGAUGUGAGUGAUGACGAUCUUAGGAUGAAGUUGGCACAGCACGCGCUCGAUGAGCGCAGGUUAAAGCGAGCUACCAAGAGUACCAACGGGCCGAUAUUCAGCAGGGCAAAGGAUACGGACCUUAGGACUGCUUUGUCUAUGGAAAACCUCCAGCGUCACGAGGUAGAAAAGGAAGAGAUAGAGGCUGAAACAGAGCCCGAUAAUCAUGUCGAGCCAGCAUUGAAUGUCCCAAGAUCAUGGGGCACCCGCGGAAGACGGUCGAGGGAAUGGCUGGACGGAGUAGUCUCCAAUACGAACGAAGACGAUAACAAGCAGAAUGAGGACCAGAUACGAUUGCCCAUCAAUGAAUGGGAAAAUGAUUUUGAUUUUACCGCCAAAUCACUGCAGGUGUCCGAUAGUCCUCCAGUAAAGGCCCCUGAAGGGAAGCCUGACAAUGAAUUUAGAGCACAAUUCUCAAUGUCUGCUGCCCGGGACAAUCAUAAGGAGAGCGUUCCAGAACCUGACAUGGUGAGGUCUGACCUCAGGCCAGGUACCGGUUCAUCUACCUUCUCUUAUAGCACCAGUGAAAAACCUAGACUUGCGAGCAGCCGUGGGAAUUCCACCCAGCUUCUCCGGAAAUUAACGAGGAGGAGCUCUAGCCCCGUCAAUACCCCGGAGCAACAAAGAAUUGCAAUGAAGACACCCCUCACGGCCAAAACACCAGUAGUUACAGGAGCAUGGAUAGACACCCCAGUUCCAGACCGGACAAAGACGCCUCAUAUAGAAACUAUCAAGAAAGAGGAACAGUCACCAGAGGCCGAGCCGAAACAAGUAGAGAACACCUCGAAGACUAGCAAGGCCAGUGAACCCGCUACUCGUGAUUCAUUGAACCGACACCGUCCAUCUCAGCGGAAAUCUACUGCCCGAUCAGUACAGCUGAAGGAACCGAAACUUCCCAAGAGCGCAUUGGAAUCGAUCCUUGAAAAAGAAAAGACUGGAGACUAUAGUCUUGUCCUCGGAGAAAACACCCUUGAUUCCCUCAAGGACAUCUUGGAGGACAAGCCAAUAAGUGCGGAGUCUGGAGACGAACAGCCCAAGCCAGAACGAGCACUGGGCUCUUUUCACGUUGAUACAGACGAAGAGACCAUUGAUCGGGUUAACUCGAAACUAAAGUCACUUCUUCGUAACAUAAACGAAGCCAGAGCCGGCCUGUCGAGCCUUGAGCACCAAGCAGAAGAAACCAUUUCCCGACCCAACUCAGACGGGUCAAAUGGUAAAAAGUCGAGGACAAAAAAUCAUCAACACUCUACAACUCCCUGUGAAGCAUGCGGCCUCUAUGGAGAUGGCCGCCUAUACCUUGCUCUUCCCAGCCGCCGUUUUUGGAAACGGGCAGGCUGUGCUCUCUUGAUAUUCUUUACUUGGUGGAUUGCUGAAUUGCUCAUGUGUGACCACUACUGUCACCCCUUAUACGCGUCGAAGUGUGAGCGCAACUGCCUGAAUCCUAAUGCGCCUCGAUACCCAUUUGUUAUUCCUACCAUGUUAUGGCGUUGGUCACAUCUAUCUAUAGUCCUGUCACCUCUGUGGACCAUCCUCGUUGCAUUAUUUCGCUUUACGGCGCAAUUGUUUGGUUUUUGGGAUGGUUUCGUUGAAAGCUCUACUUUGUUAUACCGGCCGCCGGGCUAUUACCAGCCGCCCAUAUCCACUAUCUACCCACAGAACGCUGCCGUAUACGCCCAAGGUGACAGCAUGCAGGAUGAUGAAUAUUUAUAA